UAUAUACACACACUCAUCCAACUAAUGCAGACACAAACUCACCAACCAAGAGCCACAAACACCCCCAUCUAUUCUUCCUCAACAAUGGACACCCUAUUCCUACUUUCUUCAACACUUUUGCCCAUCAUCGCCCUCUUCAUUCUGCGCCAUCUUUUCUCCCAAAAAACAACCAUUCCCGGAAGCUAUGGCUGGCCACUCCUGAUAGGAGAAAACAUAGAUUACUUCAAACAGCUCCGCAGUGGCACCAACGAGAAGUUUGUCAUGCAAAGAAGAAAACUAUACGGGGAUGUUUUCAAAACAUCGAUUCUUGGUGAAAAAAUGGUAUUUUUGUGCGGCCCAGAGGGGAAUAAGUUCUUGUUCGCUAAUGAAAAUAAGCUUGUUGAAGCAUGGUGGCCGAGUUCCGUGAAGAGUAUUAUCAAGAAAUCUCACGACAGGUCUGUUACCACUGAAUCCGCCAAUGUACGCCAGUUGUUGCCGCCGUUCUUGAGACCGCACGCGGUUAAGAAUUAUGUCGCGGGUAUGGAUUCGGAGUUGAAACAACAAUUUCAGGAUUACUGGAUUGGCCGUGAUCAGGUUGAGGUUUGUCCACUCGUCGCAAAAUACACAUUUUCAUUAGCUGUAAAGUUGCUAUUUGGAGUGCGUGAUCCGGUGGAGUUGGAGAAGCUUGCGGUUUCGUUCGUGGAAGUGGUUAGCGGAAUCAUAUCGGUUCCGAUCAACAUACCAGGAACAAGGUUUAACCGUGGUGUCAAGGCGGCGGCAAGGAUUUGCGAAGUCAUUAAUGACAUAAUUGCACGAAGGAGGAAAGAUCUUGCUGACGGAACUGCCGAUCCGUCACAAAAUUUGCUUUCUCACAUGAUUGUUGAGGUAGAUAAACACAACCAGGACAAGAACAAUGUUUCGAUGACCGAAGGUGACCUAUCCAGUAACUUACUAGGAUUGCUCAUCGGUGGCUAUGACACCGUCAACACGACCAUCGUGUUUAUUAUGAUGACGCUUGUUGACUACCCAGAUGUCUACCAACAGGUUCUAAAAGAGCAAAGGGAGGUAGCAAAAGCGAAACCAUCAGGUGAACUAUUAAACUGGGACGACCUACACAAGAUGAAGUACUCAUGGAACGUCGCGUGUGAAGUACUAAGAAUGCGUCCACCAACAAUUGGCGCAUUUCGCGUCGCGAAAACCGAUUUCACAUUUGCUGGUUUCAAAAUCCCUAAAGGAUGGAAGCUACAUUACACUCACCGAAACCACGAAUUCUUCCCGCAUCCUGAAAAGUUUGAUCCCUCAAGAUUUGACGGAGUUGGACCUGCACCUUACACGUAUGUGCCGUUUGGUGGUGGUCCACGUAUGUGCCCAGGAAACGAGUAUGCACGGGCUAAAAUUCUAGUUUUUAUGCACAACAUAAUCACUAGAUACAAUUGGGAGAGGUUAAUUCCAGACGAGAAAGUGGUGAAUGACCCAUUUCCAAGGCCAGUUCACAGGUUUCCAAUUAAGCUCAUCCCUCAUAAAACAGAAUCGUAAGUUUUUAGCCAUAUUUGCCCCAUAAAAACAAAGUACUUUCAUUGUACUUUUGUUUAUGUAAUGUAUAAUAAGAUAAAAUAUGUUUAUGUAUUUGUAUUGGUAUUGGAGUUUCAUGUAUUUAGCUAGUGGCUUGGUUUUUAAAACCAUGAGCCACUCCAGUGUGUUUUUAUUCUAUAAACUGAUGUGUAUUGUGUGAUGCA